UGGAUCCUUCUUGUUUAAUGUAUCCACAGACAAGGACUACGCUACCGACAGAAGUGAAAGCAAACGUGGCAUCACUCUAACUUACGCCACGCCGCUGUAAUACGCCGCCUCUUUUUCUGAUACUUAUACGGUGAAAUGCGCACGAGAAUAGUACAAACUGAGCAUUUCUCUUCUCAAAUCUCCGGCAGCUUCUUUGCCUGUUGUCCCGCCAUUUCUAAUCAUUCUGUCGCCACCUUUUUCGAAUGUUGUGAAGCUUUCUAGUUGAUAGUAGGAUUUGAGUUUCUUUUUCUAAGUUCCUGAAAAUCCGCAUGCGAUCAAGCUAGUUCGCUUUUCCUCCUCUUGAUCCGCUGUCCGACUCUCUUCUUUUUUCUUCUUUUUUUUUGGGGUUUCUUCUUUUGGUUACUGGCUGAGUGUUUUAACGCCAAAACCCAGUGAUUUUGGUGCAUCAGUUGCACUGUUUCUCUGCACUCUUUGAAGCUGUGUCGGUGAUUUUUUGUGGGGUCGAAGUUUGUUGUCGGAAUUUUGAUUCUAGCCUAAAGUUGGAGUUGUUUAAGUUUGUUGAUGGUGAACAUUCGAAAUUCUGACUGCUGAGAUUCUUUUUGUUGAAAGCUUUUUCAGUUGAAGUAGGUACCUGAUGAGACGGCGGCCGGCGGCUACACUGCCUUUAGAUGAUUUAAUGGAUAAGGGGCAGAGGAAAAAUCAGCAGCUUUGGUUAUUGGUUUCCUUAUCAGCUUUGUUUUGGUCUUGUCUAUUGUAUUUCCAUUUCGUGGUGCUUGGCGGUGGCAGUGUCGACUCUUCGCUCGAAUUGGAACCAAUAUCUCUUGAUGCCGAAAGGAGGAAUACUUUGUUCAGUAAACCCAGUUCUGUACCUGUUAGCCCAUUUAAUCAUCGUAAAGCUGAUGUUCCGAGUGAGAAAGAAAGAUUAGUUGAUCAUGUUUCCCCACCAGUGAUAACGAGAAAGAGAGAGAAGCCUCAUGUUCAGAGGCGGAAUUAUCCAUUUAUGCGGGCGUUGAGAACUGCAGAGAAUAAGAGCGAUCCAUGUGGAGGAAGGUAUAUUUAUGUUCAUGACCUUCCUCCGAGGUUCAAUGAGGAUAUGCUUAAGGAAUGUAGGAGUCUUAGCCUUUGGACAAACAUGUGUAAGUUCACAACAAAUGCUGGGCUGGGUCCGCCGUUGGAGAAUGUUGAGGGUGUUUUUUCUGAUACCGGGUGGUAUGGGACGAAUCAGUUUGCUGUGGAUGUGAUAUUUAGCAAUCGGAUGAAGCAAUAUGAGUGCUUGACAAACGAUUCGUCGCUUGCUGCUGCUAUAUUUGUGCCUUUCUAUGCAGGGUUUGAUAUUGCGAGAUAUCUUUGGGGACAUAAUGUAUCAACUAGAGAUGCUGCAUCUCUUGAUUUGGUCGAUUGGCUGGUGAAGAGGCCUGAAUGGGGGAUUAUGGGAGGAAAGGAUCAUUUUCUUGUGGCGGGUAGGAUAACAUGGGAUUUUAGGCGACUAACCGACCAAGAGUCCGACUGGGGCAAUAAGCUUCUGUUCUUGCCGGCUGCCAAGAACAUGUCAAUGCUUGUGGUGGAGUCGAGUCCUUGGAAUGCAAAUGAUUAUGGCAUUCCAUAUCCCACCUACUUCCACCCUGCAAAGGAUGCUGAUGUGUUCAUUUGGCAGGACAGAAUGAGGAAGCUGGAGCGGAACCAUCUCUUCUGUUUUGCUGGUGCGCCCCGUCCAGACAAUCCAAAAUCAAUCCGUGGACAGAUCAUCAAUCAAUGCAACAACUCCAAGGUUUGCAAACUGUUGGAGUGUGAUUUUGGGGAGAGCAAGUGCCAUUCUCCAAGCAGUAUCAUGCAGAUGUUUCAGAGUUCUCUUUUCUGCCUACAGCCUCAAGGUGACUCGUAUACAAGAAGAUCGGCAUUUGACUCCAUGUUGGCUGGUUGUAUACCUGUGUUUUUCCAUCCGGGUUCAGCCUACACCCAAUACACAUGGCAUUUACCAAAGAAUUAUUCUCAGUACUCUGUUUUCAUUCCUGAGGAUGACAUUCAUAAGAAGAAUAUUAGCAUAGAACAACGGCUGAGUCAAAUUUCAGCAGAGAAGGUGAAGGAAAUGAGGGAGAUGGUUAUAAAUCUUAUUCCACGGAUAAUAUAUGCCGACCCUCGCUCUAAGCUGGAGACACUCAGUGAUGCAUUUGACGUAGCUGUUGAGGGAGUUAUCAACAAAGUUACCAAGUUGAGGAGGGACAUGAUUGAGGGGCGCAAAGACGAUAAUUUUAUUGAGGAGCUUAGCUGGAAAUAUGCUUUGUUAGAUGAGGCUCAGGCAGUAGGGCCUCAUGAAUGGGAUCCAUUUUUCUCAAAACCAAAAAAGGACAGGCAAGUUGGGUUCUCAUAGUUCAUCAGCUGAAGCAGCUAACAAUUCUUGGAAGAAUGAACAAAGACAACAACCAUGAAUUCAUAUGGAAAAUGUUAUUAGUUUGCUGAAGUGAGAUCCCUUUGCUGAGAAUUCUGAAUGCGAAUGUGGUAUGAUAUUAAGCUCAAUGGACAGUAAAAUCUAUCAUAUCACUAGUUUGCAAUUGCA